CCAGCGCAGGCGCGAACCUGCGCAGGCGCUGGGACCACCCCUGUACCCAUGGGGCUGGAGGGAAUUUGGUGCUUCAGUCCCCAGCGGCGGGCUCGAGAGAAAGCAGGCGGGAGGGAAGCACAAGCGGGAAGUGUUGCACGCAGGGCUCAGCGAGGCACGUGACCUCCGCAUAGGUGGGCUCCGCCUCCGCGCAGAAAUGUCUUUCCUCCAGGAUCCAAGUUUCUUCACCAUGGGGAUGUGGUCGAUUGGUGCGGGGGCCGUGGGGGCUGCUGCCCUGGCACUGUUGCUGGCCAACACGGACAUAUUUCUGUCUAAGCCACAGCAAGCAACUCUGGACUACCUGGAAGAAAUAGACCUGAAAACACUGGAGAAGGAGCCAAGGACUUUCAAAGCAAAGGAGCUCUGGGAAAAGAAUGGAGCUGUGAUUAUGGCUGUGCGAAGGCCAGGCUGUUUUCUCUGUCGAGAGGAGGCUGCAGAGCUGUCCUCCCUGAAGCCCAAGUUGGAUGAGCUGGGUGUCCCUCUCUAUGCAGUGGUGAAGGAGCAGAUCAAGACUGAAGUGAAGGACUUCCAGCCUUAUUUCAAAGGAGAAAUCUUCCUGGAUGAAAAGAAGAUGUUCUACGGCCCCCAAAGGCGGAAGAUGAUGUUCAUGGGAUUUGUCCGGCUCGGUGUCUGGAACAACUUCUUCCGGGCCCGGAAUGGGGGCUUCUCUGGAAACCUGGAAGGCGAAGGAUUCAUCCUCGGGGGAGUUUUUGUAGUGGGAUCAGGGAAGCAGGGCAUUCUUCUUGAGCACCGGGAAAAAGAAUUUGGAGAUAAAGUAAACCCAUUUUCUGUUCUGGAAGCUGCUAAGAAGAUCAAACCACAAACUUCAGCCUCAGAGAACAAAUGAUUGUCUGAAACUGCCCAGCUCAGGGAUACCUAGGGACACUAACCUAUGUUCAUAAGAUGUUUGAACUCAUGUCUCUAACGGGUUAGAAACCCACUUAUGCCACAUUUUCAGUAUAGAUCAUUAAUGUAUUUUAAUACUGUACUAUGUUUAGGCUCAAUAAGAUAAAGAUGCCCCCAAAUAAGACUGAUAAAAAUCUAAGAAAGGAGCGAGGGAUAUUACUGCUAAACCUGGAAAAUAUGAGGCUUAAAGUUGACUGGUGUACCUCACUAGAAAUGUAUAUGAUGUUUGAGGUGCUGUUAUUUGAAAUAAGGUUUAUUUUCCUGCCUUUAAAAAUCUAAGAAAAGUUGACUAGAAAAUUAAGGAUAUAAGGUUUUUCGCCUGUGUAUUUUCUAUUCAUUACUAUAUAAUGUUAAAGUAAUAUUUACAUAAAGUAAUUGAUGUGCUUUGAUGUGCUCUGGAUGGCUUGAUAAAAUUAUAUCUUUUUUUUUCAUUCUAACACUAGAGGUUUGUUUUUCGGGAAGAAGUUAUUUCUGGCUCUAAUAAAAUUAUGUAUCAGAAA